AUGGCGACCUGCUAUGCAGACGCUAAAGUGCUCUUGGUUGGAGCAGGAGGCAUAGGAUGCGAAGUGCUCAAGAAUAUUGUGCUCUCAGGGGUUCGCGACAUCUCUAUAGUAGACAUGGACAGCAUUGACGUGACGAACCUCAACAGGCAAUUCUUAUUUUGCAAGGAGGACGUGGGUAAAUCGAAAGCGAAAGUCGCCGCUCAAGCAAUUCGAUAUUAUUUACGACCCGGGACUCCAAAGGAUUUGAAAGUUCGAUCAUUCGUCCAAAAAGUUCAAGACCUGCAAUUAGCAUUUAUUAGCGAACAUGAUUUUGUUAUUAACGCUUUGGAUAACCUGGAGGCAAGACGGUAUGUGAAUGGCGUUUGCGUUAAGUUAGGUCUGCCCCUAUUUGAAGCAGGGUCUACGGGAGACCGAGGCCAGAGCUACGCUCUGUGGAGUAGAGCAGGUACCGAAUGCUUUGACUGCCGUGAGCAGCCAAAGGUUACGGUGUUUCCGGUCUGCACAAUUCGGCUGUCCCCAGAGAAGCCGGAACACUGCAUAGCUUGGGCGCGAUUCUUGUUCGAAUCUUUAUUCGAGUCCGAGGAACAAGACGACAACGCUCUCAAAGAUGUAGGAGAACGCCUAGCCCGGGCGGGUGACGGGACCGAGCUAUCUGACGUGGAGUUCGCAGUCGCUGCGGCUCAGUUCUUGUUUUGUGAACAAAUCGAAGACUUGGUUGAGAUGAAACACCCAGGCACGAAGACGCAAGUCGAAACAACUAACUCGACCGGAUCAUCGCCUAAAGAAGUGAGUCCGUCCAGGGACGCUCCAGAUACGACUAUCCACAAUCACUCCGCUGGUGAAGCUCCCACUGGCGAGGCUCUCUCGUCUAAUCUCGUGCCAAAGCCACUGGUGUGGUUGAAGAGCUACUUGGACAAGAAAAAAAAGGAGUAUGAGACGGGGCUGACGCUAGUGGACUCUUCCAGCUUGGAAGCACGCGAGAACAAACCGGAGAGCUACUAUGCGGACAUGUUCAUCCAGGGCCUCAUAAAUUGCCGAAGAGAAUUUCGGAAUCUGUCAGUUAAGUUUGAUAAGGAUUUGGAGAACGCAAUGGCUUUUGUGUGUGGUGCAAGCAACCUAAGAAUGCUGAAUUUUCACAUUCCUUUAGAGAGCUAUUAUUCUUGCAAGACUAUUGCCGGCAACAUACAACCAGCUAUUGCCUCGACUAACGCAAUUGUCGCCGGCAUCCAGGUGGUGAAUAGCAUGCGACUGUAUCCUCUGCUUUCAAAAAAGAAAGCAGGAAGCCUCACCGUUGAGGAUUCCGCCCUGUAUGCAUCCGUGGAUGCCGCCGCCACUGCAAAAAACGAUGCCGCACACGUGUGUGCGGAUGAUAUUUCUUUGGACGAUGUACGGAAGGCAGGUGUUAAAUUUGUAUGGAGUCGCGCACAAGUACUCCGCAACAGUUAUCUAUUGCUAUCCGAGCAGUUGGAUCCAGCUAAGAGGGACUGUCUCGUUUGUCAAUCGGUGACCAGCUCAGUUAUGUUGCAAAGUUAUUGCGAGUGGUCUGUGUCGCGAUUCAUUUCUGAGGUGCUCAUUCCGCACUUCAACACCGGCGAUGACGUCACUUUACAAACCAGCGCCGGCGUCAUAUACGACCUGGACAUGGCAGAAGACGACCCGAAAUUGGUGACCAAAAGUUUGGAGCAGCUGUUACCCGCAGACAACGCCAUACUCAACGUGAGUGAUAUCAAAACAGGUUGCUUCGACAUCAUGAUGCGAGAAGACCGAAACUCACCCGACCCACUGCAGGUCCAUGUCGUGGCCUCAACCAACUUCAAGUCCACCAGAGAGUGGCUAGAACCCCCCACUUUGCCGGCGAAGCAAAGUCAAGAUGCAAAUGGGGACAAAGACGCCGGAACAGCUACUCCCGACGACGACGACGACGGCGACGGCGACAACGACGACAACUCGUCUGACGUCAUUAUGCUCGAUGCCGCCAGCCCAUCCGACCCAUCUGAUGCCCACCCACAUGACAGCACUAGACAGAAACGCCCGAGAGACAGCGACGCUGAAGGGGAACCCGGCGCUAAACGCGGGCCGUCCGUGGGAUAG